AUGCACAUCCCUACUCAACUCGUCUCGGCCCUCCAGCUCGACCGCCCCCAGGUCCACUCGCGCAAACACCAUCAUGUCUACAACGGCUCCGGCCGGCUGCCGCUCGCGACGUGGGUCCGGUCCCCGACCAUCAUCACCCUUGAUGACCCGACCGACCCGGCCCACUGCGACAUCAACCACAUUCUCGUCUACGAGGUCGUCCUCUACUUCGGCAGCAACCGCGCCUGCACAAUAUACCGCUCCCGCGCAGACUUUGAGCGCCUGCGUCAGACAAUUACCCCAUGGAAGACGGGCCCGCCCCAAUGCAUCCCGCGCGACCACAACGAUGCUGCGGUGCUGCACCAGCUUCUGCGCGAGGCUUUGCUCCACCGGCCGCGGGACUGUGCGCUCGAGUAUUUCCUGCGACGGCGCAUGGAGGAUUGCGGUGGGCAUCGGUGUUGA